AUGCUGUUUUCCAUCAACGCGAGCAUCCCCAUCGUCAAAACCCGCACGCAGGCUGUGGGCAUGGUCUCAGCCUGCUAUGUCGGCGCCGGCAUCCUCAGCCCAACAAUCGGGUGUGCGAUCCUGCGCUGCGUCGGGCUUAAGGCCACUAUUGCGACAUGCCUAGCCAUCUCAUGCGUCGGGACACUCAUAUUCUGGCCUUGCGGGGCUGUCGGGUCGUAUACUGGCUUCGUCAUCGGCAACAUCAUGGUCGGGGCCAGCCUGGGCAUCAUGGAGAUAGUCGCCAGUACGUUCAACAGCCUCUGUGGGCCGCCCAGGUACGCGACGGCCCGGAUCUUGAUUGGUACCGGUCUGGAAGCCGUUGGGGGGACGUUGAGCUCGGUGCUCGCGACUAAGAUCCUCGCCAUCCACGUGGAGGACACUCACAAUCUGGUAGCGCUGCAGUGGGCUUACCUCAUCAUUGCGCUGUUCACAGUCCUGCUCGGCCUCCUCUACUGGUACGUGCCGCUCCCCCACGUCAUGGAGCCCGAGCUGCGGACCCGGCCCGGCAUCCUGGCUGUGGACACUUCCGAGAAGCAUCUCGGUGUGGUCCCUGUUAUCGUUGUCUCUCUGGGAGUCGCCGCCCUGUCUAGCUUCUGUGCCGCCGGGGCGUUGGCGAGUCUCCGAACCUCCAUCGGCAGUAUCCUGUCCAUUGUGUCGAACAGAACCAAGACGGCACUGGAGCUACCGAUCUCUGAUUUUCAAACCUCGCUCACAGCCAUUUACGCCGCUGUCAUCCUGCUCUCGGCGUGCGGAACCGGCAUCACCCUCGCGGCAGUCAUCUCCUCGGUUACGUUUCCAUCGGCCGCCAUGGUCCAGCAGGUGACUCUGGCCUUGUCGAUCCUCCUGGGGGGGAUUCCCAGCAUGGUCGUAGCCAUUGCUCUCCAAGGCCUCGGCUGGUGGAGCGCUCUGGCUUGCGGUCUGUUGAUUAGCAGCUGUAGCCUGGGAGCAGGCAUCUGGCCGUGGGUCAUGUUGGCUGUUUCAACCAACAAGUCGGCACAAUACGCGUACUGUAUCGUCGUCGCUCUCUUUGCGGUAGGCGGUGUUUUCCCUCUCUACCUCAGCCUGGUCCGCUCCGCCCGUGGUCGGGAGCGACCCCCUGAUUGGGAUUGGGGCUUCAUCGGCGCUGUAUUUCAGCGACGUUCUCGUCGCGUACAGGUGUAA